CAAGAUGGUAUGAAAGAGCUAGGUUUAAUGCAGCGUGAUUAUCCAGAUAUUGUUACUGCUGUGAAAACCAAACAGGUAGUCCAAACUGUGCUAAACACAGCUACAGAAACUCUUAAAGUAUUGAUAUCAAGUGGAAUUGUUGAUAAAAAUGAAGAAGCAAAAUUACAAAAGAUGAUUCUGCAAAAAAAAAAAAAAACCCUUGGCACUCUUCCAUCUACUAUUGCACCACCUACUGCAGAGGAGCUUUUACACAGUAUCAGUUGGUUAGAAAAUGAAAAGAAGCAAAUUGAGUUCAUCCAGAAAAGAGCAAGGAUCCUUUGUUAUGACUAUGGAGACAUUAUAUGUGAGGAACAUGAAAUGCCAGAAGGAAUCCACCUAAUUAUUUCUGGGAUGACAAAGUUCCCUAUUCUACAGGAUGUAGUUUGCUUACAACAGAACGUUCCACUGAUGGAAAUCAAUCAACAGCAGCUUUGUGGUUCCAGUCCCAGCUAUGGAGUUGCUAAUGAUGUAUAUGAACUGAGAAAUCCUAAAUGGGUGCCAUAUACUGACUACCUGGUCAGUGGAGCAAUAAUAGGAGAAUUGAAUUGCCUAACUAAGCAAGAAAUGGAAUAUACUGUUACCUGUGAAACUGCUGUUCAGGUCAGUGAAUGCGACUUUAAGCUUUAUCUGGGAACCCCCACCCCCUGUCAUGGGUACUGCCAGUCUCUGUUUAACCCCCACACCCUGGAGCAGGCUACAGUCUAUCAGCCAAUCAUCACAAGCAACAAGGGGUUUGGACUAGCUGCCUUUACCCACCUUCUGGCUGCCCUCUGCAAGCCCACUACCUAG